CUACUACUAUUUCCCCAUGUAAAAAAUUGAGGGGGUAUCCAGAUCAACUAUAAAUUAUGGUAUGUGUGUCAUAUCAAUAUGUAAAUAUAGGGGUAGAUAGGUUAAUAUAAAUAAAUAGUUUUUGGUUUUGACCAAAUUGAUAAAUACUUAAAUACUAGAAUAUCCGAGAUUCUCGUCCACCGUCACAAAUCGCCGGUUGAUUUCCGUUCGGCCACCGGCGAAGACUUCAUCCUCACUGGCGGGUAGCGAGAAAAUGACGUCUUCCUUAUGGAAAUCGUUACCACUUUCUUCAACGGAUAUCGUAUUGUCGUCAUUCUUCGCCGUGAAUAUGAAGCCCAUCCCUCCCGGUGAUUAGAAAAUUUCGAACUGUAAUUUUGGUAAUUAAGAUUUUGAUAAUUCAUUCAAAUGCUUUGAGAUCCAUAGGAAUCGGCUUUUAUUACUUGCUAUUAAAUUUUCCGUUUUAGUUUAUUAAUUUCCUCCUUAAAUUCUGCAACUUUUCUAGGGUUUUAGCUUUGUACCAUCGUGAGAUUUCCUAAAAACUUCAGAAAUCUCCAUGUGCAUUCUAAGCUUGUGCUUUAAGUAUGUUGAAUAUUAUUAUAUAAUUCCACUAAUCCCCAGGUAAACUGCAAGAUGAAGUUAAAGUUCAUAACUUUCUUUAUCUCUGCAACUAUAUUUUGAGUAUUUUGCUUCUCAUUCAUUUGAGAUAUUUUCUAAGAAAGGCAAAAGAAGAUGGUGUUCUUUUGUGUUCUUGUUCUAUGUAGUUCAAAUGUGCAUAUUUGCUAAUGUGUUUCCAAGAUUUUUGUUGAUUUUGUGUUUGUAUAUAGCUUGAGGGAUGGGGAAGACGAAUGUAUUAUCAAAAAUCAGAGCUUUCAAUGGCGUCAAUAGACCCAUAUAUGUUUUGGCUGGUUUGGCUUUUCUUAUCUCAGUAGCUACAUUAGCUAAGUUCAAUUACAUCACACCACUACGCUUCUCUGAUCGGUUCUGUAACUAUCAUGGAAGCUUUGACGGCGACAACUACAAUAUCGGAAGCCAAAUGAGAAAGACAAUCGAAACCGCCAUUUUUAAAAUCCACCAAGAAAUGGAUGAUCUCAAGGCUUUAGAAGCCAACUCUUCUUCUUCUUCUCCAUCAUCUGAUUCAUCAGCUUCUGGAUCCAUGUUUAGGCAUGUAGCUUUUCUAGCGGAUGUUCUUUCGCUAGUUCAGUCGGUUCAUAUGGAAUUGCCUUCUUUUGAAGAGAGAUUUGUAGCGGAUCAUCCGUUGAAGCAGCAGAACGGUGACCCGGGGGAGCAUUUUAUGAGAGAAGAGAUAAAGAAGUACAUAAAGAUCAAACCAAACCGGCUUGGGAAGCAGAACUUCAUGGGAGCUAACGGAACUUUCACCUCGAUCGGGCAUGCUUGUUUUGCGAUGAAGGAAGAUCUAGAAGAGUAUAUGGACUAUGAUGUUGGGGAAAUCUGCAACGAUGAUUGGAGGUUAGCUCAGAAGCUUAUGGUUCACGGAUGCGAUCCGUUGCCUAGAAGACGGUGCUUCUCCCGUGGCCCGCAGUUAUACCACAAACCGUUUCCAAUCAACGAGUCUUUAUGGAAGCUUCCGGAUAAUCGGAAUGUAAGAUGGGGACAGUAUAAGUGCAAGAACUUCGCUUGCUUAGCUAGCAACACAAUAGCACGAAAAGGGUUCUUUAAAUGCACUGAUUGCUUCAACCUCACGUACCACGAAUCGCCGAGAUGGCUUAACCGAGGCGAAGUUGAUCUUGAGACGAACCAAACUGCGGAUUUCUCGAUAGCUGAAGUACUAGAGAUUAAACCGGGAGAGAUUAGAAUCGGAUUGGAUUUCAGCAUUGGCACAGGAACUUUCGCAGCGAGGAUGAGAGAACAGAACGUCACGAUUGUAUCAGCAACAAUCAACCUCGGCGCUCCAUUCAACGAGAUGAUCGCACUGCGCGGUUUAGUCCCGUUGUACUUAACUGUGAACCAACGGUUACCGUUCUUCGACAGCACUCUUGAUAUGAUUCACACGACGAGGUUUCUCGAUGGAUGGAUUGAUCUAAUACUUCUUGAUUUCGUGCUGUAUGACUGGGACAGGGUUUUAAGACCAGGGGGAUUGUUGUGGAUCGAUGGUUUCUUCUGUCUGAAAGAAGAUUUGAGUGAUUACAUGGAAGCGUUUAAAGCGUUGAGGUAUAGGAAACAUAAGUGGGUUGUGGUACCUAAGAAAGAUAAAGAUGAUAAAGAAGUUUUCUUCUCUGCUGUGUUAGAGAAACCUCCAAGACCCUUUAGAUGAUUGACCAUUGCAUAGUCUCUUUGUUUACUAGUAUUAUUAUCUUUGUAAUAAUAUUCUUAAAAAAAAAAACAGAAUGUUAAAAUAAAUUGAGAUGUGUUUUAGUUAUAUAUGUAUGUUCCAAUUUGCUUGUAUAAAAUUCAGAAGAACUAUUUCAUUCACCUAAAAAAACUAAGUGUUAUAUU